AAACUCGAUAACAUAAAAAAAGCAACAGAUAAGAGAAGGGAAAUAAGAAUAAUAAACUAUGGGUUAUAACAAGAAAAUGACUUUGAUGUUUGUGUUGGCUAUUCUCUUACCUUGGUUAACCUUCGCAAAAGAUUCACCGUCAAACCCGGAGAACUCGGAUGAAGCCGCAAACGAUCUUGCUGCUAAAAUACAUUUUUGUAUGGCUGAUUGGCUAUCUUUUUACAUUUCUUAUCCAUAUGAGGGACCUAUUUCUUCUACUCAAUUAGCGCACGUUGAAGAUCAUUGCCAUGAAUAUGUAACUUGUCAAGUACUUAAGAAAGAUUGUCCUCCUAAACUACAAGCUAAUUACAAUGUAU